AUGGGGGCUUGGGUAUACAAUGCCUCUCCUGAGGUAGAGGCGAUGUCGAAGUUUCCGUCCAUUGUUGCGGUGUGUAUUAUCCUGACACUCCUGAUGACCCUGACUGUGACCAGUCGAGUUUCUAUUCGAGCUGCGCAGCGUCGUUUGGGUGCGGAUGACUAUGUGAUGCUGGUUGCGAUGUUGUUUAGUAUUGUAUACAACAUCCUCUGCAUCGUGCAAACGAGAUAUGGGCUGGGUUUACCGUUGAAGGAUCGGCCAAAGCCGAACCUGAUUACAUACACCAAGGUCAACUUCGCAGGUCGACCAUUCUAUCAAUUCGGUAUUGGUCUCUUCAAACUGGCCCUGUGCAUCAGCUAUCUACGACUGCUAUCCGGAACAACGAAGAAGAACUACCGUAUUCUCAUCUUGACGGUAGCAGUAAUAUCGACCCUGGGUCAUCUUGCCUGGACUUUGAUUCUUAUACUCAACUGCAAUCCAGUCAGCAAAUCUUGGCUCCCAAUGGAAGAAGGAACUUGCCUCCCGUUUGGACCGACAAACUACGGCAUGGCCGGCUUCAGUAUCGCCUGCGAUAUGACCACUAUCCUCCUCCCGAUUCCGCUGCUACUACAGUUAAAAGUCCGACCGGUACAGAAGGUCGGUAUUAUAUGUUUGUUCUCAUUGGGCUUAUUCACGACCAUCUGCUCGAUUCUGCGUUUGACGCAAAUCAAAGUGAUCGCAUACGGAAACGGAGACUCCACCAUGUUGGUGCUAUGGGGAACUAUCGAAUUCAAUAUUGGAAACAUCAUCACAUCGGUCCCAUACUUGGCACCCAUGUUUAAACGCUGGGUGUCUGACUUUGGCUACCAGGUCGGAUAUCGCAGUCGGACACGCACGGUCGUCCCAACUACAGAUCGGUAUGCACUACACGCAUAUGGGAAGGACGGCAUCAAAUUAAGCGCCCAUAAAGACACCGUUGCGGUCACAAGUAAGAAGGUCGUAUCACGCACUCCGAGUGAGGAACUCAUUCUCGGAACCUAUCAACCUACAGGUAAUAAUAUCAUACGAACAACUGAAUAUCGUGUGACAGUUGAUGAUUGA